AUGGUCUGCUCUGCCAUGGCACAGUUACCUCUCCUUGGUAAAGGAGCUGGAACUUUCGGCGUUGGCUUCAACAAUGGACGUAUUGCUGGUAAAGGCUAUGGUUACAAUCCAUACAAUAACUAUGGCUACAAUGGAUACGGUAACGGUAUAGGUGUUGGCAACGCUGGUGUUGUUGGUACAGGCUAUGGCUACAACCCCUACAACAACAACUAUGGGUACAACGGCUAUGGCUACGGUAAAGGCGUUGGUAACGUUGGUGCUGGAAAAGCUUACGGUAACGACUACAACCCCUACAACUACAACAACAAUGGCUACGGGACUGGCUUUGCCGACAAAAGAAACAGAAAAUCCUUGUCCCACAAACGGUUCUCCAUGUCCAUAAACACCGCGACCAGCAGCUCCUCGUCCGACGAAAGGUUCAUGUCCAGCAACGAAACCCUCAUGCCCGUAGACACCUUGGCCACCAAAUGGACCAUGACCAGCGAAACUGCCAUCAUGUCACUAAAGGCCGUGUCCAGCAACGAAGCGAUCGUGUCCGACGAAAGGUCCGUGUCCUACAAGACCAGCUCCAUGUCCAGCAACGUUCCCAACACCUUUACCGUAGCCAUAGCUGUUGUAGUUACCAUCAUCACUGCAUUGUCCGUGCUUGUCGCCUCUGCCGUGGCCCAGGUGCCUUUCGGAAAGGGAUCCUUCGGUGUUGCCACUGUUGGCGUUGCUGGUUCAGGCUACGGCUACAACCCUUACAUCAAGAACCAUCCUUACAACGACUACAACCCCUACAACAACUACGGCUACAAUAAACGCGUUGGGAAAGAUGCUGGACUUGGAUCUUUCGUUGGUGACAAGGGACACGGCUACGGUUACAAUUCCUACAACGGUCUCGGCAAUGGUGUUGGUCUUGUAAGAAAUGGACUUCUUGGACACAACGGACACGGUCUCGUUGGACCCGUUGCAGUUGGACACGCUGUUGCUGGUCGCGGGCAUGGUUACGGCUACAACCCUUACAACAACAACUACGGCUACGGUAAGAACGUCGGACAUGGAGCUGGUCUUGUUGGAAAUGGAGUCCAUGGACACGCCGGACAUGGCCUUGCUGGACCCCUAGCGGUUGGACACGGUGUUGCUGGUCAUGGGUAUGGCUACGGUUACAACCCUCACAACAACUACGGCUACGGUAAGAACGUCGGACAUGGAGCUGGCCUUGUAGGAAAUGGAGUUGUUGGACAUGGCCCUUUCGUUGGACACGGAGAUUCUGGACACGGUGUUUAUGGACAUGAUGGACCUUUUGUUGGUCAUGGUGUUACUGGGUCCUUCGUCAGUUCCCUCUACUACCACUAG